AGCUGAAACCUUGAAACUGAGAUUUUCUUUCCUUUCUCAAAACAAGGUUCUGGGCGUACUGCCAAAUUGCUUAUACUGAUAGUGAGGAUUCCUCCCAGGCAUGAUCAAUCAGUAACUUGCAUCAACCCAGUCGAAUUGGUUAUUAGAAAAGCACAUGCAUAACAUUUUCCUUCACAUCUCUAUUUAACACUAAYAGAAAAACGGCUUUGAGCAGUUCUGCAUCAACUUUGUGAAUGAGAAACUGCAGCAGAUUUUCAUUGAGCUCACGUUAAAAGCUGAGCAGGAGGAGUAUGUGCAGGAAGGGAUCAAGUGGACGCCAAUCGAGUACUUUAACAACAAAAUCGUGUGUGACCUCAUUGAGUCAAAACUGAACCCCCCAGGCAUCAUGAGUAUCUUGGACGAUGUGUGUGCCACCAUGCAUGCUAAGGGGGAGGGCGCAGACCAGACCCUGAUCCAGAAGCUACAAGCGGGAAUCAGCUCCCAUGAGCACUUCAACAGCUGGAAUAAAGGCUUCAUAGUGCACCACUACGCUGGCAAGGUGUCCUAUGACGUCAGUGGCUUCUGUGAGAGGAACAGAGAUGUGCUCUUUAACGACAUCAUUGAGCUSAUGCAGAGCAGUGAAUUUGCCUUCAUAAAAACCCUUUUCCCAGAAAACCUAGAGGCAGAGAAAAAGGGCCGUCCUACCACCGCCAGUAGCAAGAUCAAGGUAAGGAUCUGACACGGCUGUGUGCUACURUAAUCUCUGUAGACCCAGAACAAAGUCUCACGUAAUUGGUCAGCUGCUUGAUUAAGUUCUGGGWCCAUACGUGUGAAGAGAAGAGAUGCUAGAACGAGGUGYGGAACCRGAACGUGGAGCGGAACCCUCUCUACGGGCCGAAUGUCCCCUYCCGAAAUUCGAAAGAUGCUAACACCUGCGAAAUCGUGAUUUAUCCAAAUAAGCAGUGAGGAAAGACCCACACACUGUAACCACUGCUGCUCAUUAGCCCACCCAUCCCAUUCCUWCCCCACAGAUACUACCAUACCAGUUAUGUUGAUGUAGAUCUGUCCACUAAAUAGUAUUGUUGCUAUGGAAACAGACAUGCCAGUCCAAUCUCAGAUGAGUGACUCCCCCACCCCCCCUGUCUUCCAUAACAUCCAGGCCACGGGUCACUGAAUGU